CCCUCCCACCGCCAUCGCUAUUGGUCGCAGCUGUGCUUUUAAAGCAGGCGGCAUCCUUCCGAGUUAUUCCGACUUUUCUCAGUGUCCCGGAGCGGAGCACAGCGGCUCACUCACAUCUACUGGGAUUCCAGCGGAGGGGAACAAAUAAAAGCACCUGCAGCAGCUCCAACUUUUCAGUUCAGUGUCGCGCGUGCGAAGUUUAUCCUGCGUUAGUAAGUUCAGAAGAGGGAAAAAAAAGAAUUUAUUCUCGGCCCUGCGGUUGUCGGAGGGUGCGGGGCAUCGCGAGAUGAGCAGUCCUGAUGCGGGCUACGCCAGCGACGAUCCGAGCCAGGCCCGCGGGACCAGCUCAGCCAUGAUGGCCGGCGCGGCUCAGUGCGCGUGGACGGAGCCGCUCAGCCCGCGAGCGCACGCCAAGGCCAAGGGCGAAGCGUGCGCGGCGGCGCGCGGGAAGGGCGAAGCGCGCAUCCGCCGGCCGAUGAACGCGUUCAUGGUGUGGGCCAAAGACGAGCGCAAGAGACUGGCACAGCAAAACCCCGACCUGCACAACGCCGAGCUCAGCAAAAUGCUCGGUAAGUCAUGGAAAGCCCUGUCCAUGUUGGAUAAGCGACCGUUUGUGGAGGAGGCGGAAAGACUGCGUGUUCAGCACAUGCAGGAUCAUCCAAACUACAAGUACCGGCCUCGUCGCCGCAAACAGGUGAAGAGAAUCAAGCGGCUGGACUCUGGCUUCUUGAUGCCUGGGGCAAGUGAGUCCCAGGGCACUCUCAGUAUGGAGAACAUUGAGAUGAUUUACUCUCACCCCCCUGGGGGUUUGCCUCAGGCUGGUUUGUCUCAGUACUGUGAUGCCCAGGGCUUGUUUGAACACUACAGCCUUCCCACUCCUGACUCCUCCCCGAUGGAUUCAAUGGGGACGGAGAGUGUGUUCUUCGGUGGGCAUUCUCAGGAUGAUGGCUCUCACAUGGCCUACAGCUACCUUCACCAACAAGAGUACGCACCUCUAGAGCAUCAGCACCCCCACGUUAGUACCCAGGCUCAAGGCAGAGUACGACAUGACACCCACUCGCAUGCCACAACACACUCGCAGGUCCACACACACUCCACCUCCAACUUACAUUUAGUACACGCUCACAGCAGCACACAAGUCAACCUGAUGAGCAGCUCACACUCUCAGGAACUGGGUAAUGCAAAUGGCAGUUCACAUCACACUAUCAGUCACAAUAUCAAUCCUCACCAUACACAUUCAAUCUCUCAGGCCCUUUUUAACAGGAGCCUAUCACCUGGCUCCGGUCAGGCUCCACCCCCUGCCUACCUGGGCUGCCCAUCUACUGUUGGUGUUUUCUACAACUCUGCUUCUCAGCCAAAGCGCUUGCUGGAGCAUCCAUCACCUCCCAAGAAGGACACACACAUUCUCACAAUGCUUCUGACCAGCACUCCCAUACACACACAGAGACGUGUCGACAUGCUCCUGAGAUGUUGAAUGAAAUGGCUUGUAGUGAAUUUGAGCAGUAUCUGUCAUAUGGGCUUCCUCAUGCACCCAUGCAAGGCUCGGACCUCAUUUCCACUGUAUUAUCUGAUGCUAGCACUGCUGUGUACUACUCUAACUACAACAACACCUAAAGCUCCUGUAUUACAGCAAACACUCCCGAGAUAUUAAUAAUGACUUUCUGUUAUAAAAAUGACACAGAAUAAUAGAUCAAAUAUAUACAGUAAUAAAGACACAUCUUGCAAAGACA